GGGGAUCAUAUGACCGCUGGAAAGCGGCUAUCACAUGAUCCUCAAACAACCUGUUGUACACAACCAGGUAGACUUCGCCGGUAGUCCAGUGGUGUUUUGCUCUGUGCGGACAAAUCCUGUUUCCUGGUGAGAGCUAAAGUGGACGGACGUCGUGUAGCUGCUGCUACAUUGUUUUAAAAUGGGCUCAGAAGGUCUCCGGUGGCUGCUGCUGGGGCUCUGCGCUGUGCUCUGUGUGUCGGGAAGAAGAGCGCGGUACACUGCUGACUGGGCGAGCCUGGACGCCAGACCUCUACCAGCCUGGUAUGACGACGUUAAAUUCGGCAUUUUCAUCCACUGGGGCGUCUUUUCUGUGCCCUCCUUCGGUAGCGAGUGGUUCUGGUGGUACUGGCAGGGCGAGAAGGAUCCGGAUUACUACUUGUUCAUGAUCAAAAACUACCCAAAGGGAUUCUCCUACGCAGAGUUUGCGCCUGGGCUCAAGGCUGAGUUCUUCGAUCCAAAUGAAUGGGCUGAGAUCUUUGAAGCUUCUGGGGCGAAGUAUGUUGUGUUCACUUCAAAACACCACGAAGGUUUCACCAACUGGGAAUCUCCAACUUCGUGGAACUGGAACUCUGUUGAUAACGGGCCUCAUCGAGACAUUGUAGGAGAGCUGGCAGCUGCUGUUCGUAAGAGAAAGUCUAUGCACUUUGGACUGUACCACUCCCUCUUUGAAUGGUUUCAUCCCCUCUACUUAAGUGACAAGGACUCUAACUUCACAAAACAAGACUUCAUUCGUAAUAAACUCAUGCCAGAGCUCUAUGAUCUGGUCACAAGUUACAAACCAGAACUGAUAUGGUCAGAUGGCGACUGGGAAGCCCCUGACACUUACUGGAACUCCACCGAGUUCCUGGCUUGGCUCUACAAUGACAGUCCAGUCAAGGACGUUAUCGUGGUCAAUGACAGAUGGGGACAGGGCUGCUACUGCAAACAUGGUGGUUACUUCAACUGUGCUGACAAGUACACUCCACCUGAGCUACCCAAGCACAAAUGGGAGAAAUGCAAUUCAGUGGACACACACUCCUGGGGUUACCGUAGGAACAUGAAACUCAGCGAGUUGAUGGAUUUACCCACCAUUAUAAAGGACCUUGUCUACACUGUGGCUCUGGGAGGAAAUUAUCUGCUGAACAUUGGGCCUGCAUCAGAUGGUCAAAUUCCAGUUAUAUUUCAGGACCGUCUCUUGCGGAUUGGAGAGUGGUUGAAGGUUAAUGGGGAGGCUAUCUACAGCACCAAGCCAUGGAGGGUACAGACUGAGAACGGCACUGUGCCAGUCUGGUACACUUCCACAAGCUCUGCGGUGUAUGCCACUUUUCACACAAAUCCAAAGCAGUUCUCUUUCCAGCUCUUUGUCCCCAAAACCUCAGAAAACACUGUGGUGACUUUGUUGGGGAACCCUAAUCCUCUAAAGUGGGCUCCUCUGCAUUCCUCUGGCCUUGUCAUGCUUUUGCCAGACCUGCCCUCCACCCCUGCCGAGGCCUGGGUUAUCAAGCUGGAAGGAGUGGCGUAGCAUUUACAAAUUUGUGGCGUUUAACAUACAACUAUAGCUGUUGAAGUGACCUCGAGCAAUAUGGGGAUUCAUAUGUGAAAUGUAAUUAUGUUCCUAAUAUCUUUCGUCAAAUGCCUUUCUGAUUAGUUUGGCCUAUAAGGGAUUUUGAAUGCACUUUUAUUAUGAUUUUUUUUUAAAACAAACCACUGAAAAUAAAUGAUUUUUGUACGUUUUACAUUUUGGAUUAAAGUGAUUUUCCACGUCUCAUUUUUUGUAUGAUGUGCAUAUAAUAUUCACCACAUGAAAUCGUUUCCAAGCCUGUAAGAAUGUCAAGUGUUUAUUUCUGCAAUAUUCAUUCAUAAAUCAACCAUGUGAACAGCCAAUCAUGUCUGUACAUAAAUGUUUACAAAUUUUACAGCAAUAAAAGCUAAGACAUUUCA